AUGGCUCAUAGUGCUGGGGCUCCAUAUGCUCUCGCUUGUGCUAUCAGAAUUCCUCAUAAAUUACAGGGUACUAUCUUUCUCGUAUGUCCCUGGGUUAGCACAACUGUGGCGAAUAAUUUUAAAUGGUUAAGAUUUGUUCCUACUCCUGUAAUGAAAUUUACAAAUUCCGCUGGUAUAUCAUUACAACAAAUUAUGCAUGGUCGUCAACCAUAUUCAACUAAAAAUUCUUCACAUCGAACUUCUGGUGCGCUAGCCGCUCAAAUGUCAAGUUUUGAGAAAAAGCAACAACUUGGUCUAGCGAUUUUAAAAGCUUCUUUUGCUGAAAAUUUGUCUGGCGCAAAUAAUGAUUUAGUAAUGUGUUUUGAACGAAGACGUACUUUCGGUUUCUCUUACGCCGAUAUAGAUCAUCCUGUUCAUGUUUUUCAUGGAACAAAAGAUGAUCGAAUUCCUGUUUCUGCUGUAAAGUGGAUGGAAGAUAAUAUGCCAGAUUGUAGAUUAACUCUUGUAGAAGGCGGAAAGCAUUCUCUAUUUCUGCGUGCUGAAGUUGUGGAUACAAUAUUCAAGUCCAUAGCAGCACAACUACAUGUAAAGGAUAAAUGUAGGUUAUGUAUGAUACCAACCAAAUGUUGGUUGAUGGAGGAAGUUGAAAAUGAACGAAGAGAAAGAGAAUUACAGAUUCAAAGAAAAGUUGAGGCUUCCUUUGCAAAGUUAUCUCUAUCUUCAAGUAUAAAGACUGGAGGAAAUCAAGAUUAUACAACAGAUAAUCAAAGAUCAUCUGCGGAUCGA